AUGCCGUGCCGCCCGGGCGAGCGCUUCCUGCUGCUGGAGCGCUCGGUCGCCGUGGGGCAGGCGGGCUCCAAGGACGUGGACGCGCUGGUGGCCAAGCUGGGCGAGGUGCUGCAGCUGAGCGCCCAGCGGGCGCCGCCGCCGCCCCGCGCCCCCAAGCACCUGGGGCCGGGCAGCGCCCGCGACCGCGCCGCCCCCUACUCGCCGCGCUGCAGCGGCGGCAGCCUGCUGGCGCCCCGGGGGCCGGCCCCGCCGCAAGCCCACCAGCAGCACGCCGAGCCCCCGCGGCCGGACCGGAGCGGCCACCAGCGGGUGACCAAGCAGCUGUGCGGCCGGGGCUGGCUGCGGAGCGCCGCCCGCCGGAGGAAGCAACCGCCGCCGGGGCCCGGCGACGGGCCGGCGGAGGAGGAGGACCCCCACAGGCUCCUGCAGCAGCUCAUCCUCUCCGGCAACCUCAUCAAAGAAGCCGUCCGGCGGCUGCAGCUAGCGGCGGCGGCGGCAGCGGCGGCGGCGGCCUCCACGGCCUCCAGCGGCAGCGCCUCGGCGGGGAGCAGCGGCGCGGACGGCGAGGCGGCCGAGGCGGCGGCGGUGCAGCCCCUGCAGUAG